AUGCUCGCAUUGUUUUUCUUAUCUUUGCGCAUUAAAAAGCCAAUAGGUGAAGUUCACCACAUUCCAUUUCUGAAAGAGGAAGAGAUAAGGACUUUUUUGCUUGAGCAUGAUAAGUCAAUUCUCAUUUUUACAGAUGGUCAAUUUAAAUACGACUUUGCUAACUUUGCUAUUCAUAAAUUCAAAGACAGAAUUGCAUUUGCAGCCGUAUCCAUUGAAGAUGGUCAGAAAUACAACGCCCAAGGACCAUUAUCAAUCUUUGCUUUUUAUAAAUCAAAUAUUGUUAAAUUACCAGCUGCUCCAUUUUCAGCUAUUGAUUUCACUAACUGGUGUGAUAAUGCUUUUGCAAAAUCUUCGAUUCAAAUUGUUCAUCCAGAAGAAUUACGUGUAAUAUUCUCAUCAACGAUCACAUGCUGCUUCGGUGUCGAUAUUAAUGCAAGACCAGAAAAGCUCCGUGAUGAUAUUACAUUUUAUAACGUUCCACACCAAUUUUUCUAUUAUUUCGCUAUGAAUAUUUCAAAAGGCUAUUACAUUUACAGAUCAGCCGAUCGCCAAUUAGUUAAAAUGGGAAAGGAUCCAAACAAAUUCAUUGCAACAAAAGUAACCGAUUUACACUCUUCUAACCUCGUUAAGAAGCCAUACUAUGGAGGAUUCUUUAUGAACAGAGGUAAUGUCACGGCCUGCCAGAUCGAAUCCGAUCUUCUUAACACUAUUGCCAAUAAAUAUAAUGAAGAGUUCUAUUUUGGCCCACUUGCUGGAAAAUUGGCACAUACAAUUGCUCUCCAAUAUAAUUUGAUCAAUUUCCCGCUUCCAUUCUUUGCCGUUUUUGAUUCUAAAGGUCGUUGGAUAUUAGAUGGCGAAAAAGCCCAUAAUAUCGAAGCCCUUACCGAGUUAAUUGAACAAAUCAAGAACAAGAAGAUCAAUUACACCCAAAUGAAUGACGAUUCCUCGAAACUCAGCAAAAAUAUUAAAACAUUAUCAUUCAGCAACGUAAUGGACACAAUAAAUAAUGAUGGCAAGGACUCUGUAUUAUAUAUUACAGCAAACUGCGGUCCAAGAUGCAUUCUCUAUAACGAAUUGAUGAAAUCAACCGCAAAAAUCUUUAAAGACACAACUGUUAACUUCUACAUGCUCAAUGCUUCAAGUAACGAGAUCCCUCAGCCACUCGAUCCAAACAUGAGACUCCCAACUUUCUUUGAAUGGCCGGCCAACAAAAAAGCUUGGGGUCCACUCGAAUACGACGGGGGUGGCGAUAUCAAGGAUUUCGCAAGAUUCAUCCAAGUAAGGAGUUGCGGACCUUUCGAAGAACCAAAGUUCAAUGCAACGAAAAUUAACUUGAAAGCAAGAACAAGAGCUUAUAAAAUAAACUUUAAACACAGUCCACAAGCAGUCAACGCUACUGUUGCUGAUAAUACAACAGAUUUUACAAAAGAAUUAUAA